AUGCUGGACUGGAUGAAAGGGAACGAGGGCAAGGCUGCAGACGCCUCCAAGGUGCUGGAGCCGCCCGAGACCCCAGCUCCCGUGUUCGCGAUGCGCGCUUUCAAGAGUGCCUUGUUUGGAACGCCCGCCGUAGAAGAGGAAGAAAAGCGCGUGUCGCAACCAAGGCCGUCGAUCCAUCAACGCAGUCAGAGCGACACGACCCAUCCCAUCCCUAUCGAGAAGACAGAAGCCCCGAAACUCGACCCCGACCCCGACACGAUCUUUAACCCCUCGGGUUCUCCAACGAAGAGUAUCCUCGUGACACCCGGGACAAUUGCAAACCGACGCAAGACGGUCUCCUUUGGUGAAGGUGUUGUUGACAAUGAAGGUAAACGUGACGCUCGCGUUACGAAAACGCCUUCUAACCCUGCGGGCAAUAUCACAACGCAAUGGAUGUCAGGGUCAGCCGAUGGCAAGCCCCGAAGCAAGCUCACUCAGACACUGCUUGAUGCGCGGGAUAAUGCGAGCAAAAAUUCCGAGUCGCCAACGAAAUCUGUGACAAGCUCCAGAUCUGACACGAAGAUUGUCGCACGAUCCCAAUCCAAGGAUGAAGUUGAAGACAUCACCCUCAACUUGGAUGAGCCACGUUCGGAGUCGGGUAAAUACUGGAAGACGGAGUUUGAUGCCUAUCGAGUUCGAACCAAUCGAGAGAUCAAAAAGCUCAUCCACUAUCGGUCAGUCGCCAAGUCUUAUGCUCGGAAGAAAGACUCAGAGUCUCUGCGACUAGCAGAUAAGCUGCGUGAGGAAGAGGAGAAGGUGGUGGAGAUGGAACGCCAGGUCUCACGCCUUGCCUCCGCAAUUGUCGGGGAGGGAUCUCAGGCUGGCAAGGAAGAAUUGAUUCAAGAUCUCACCAAGCAAACUACCUUGGCGCUCCAGGUGGUGAAAGGUGAUGUAAUCGAAACCACCGAGUCAACCAAGGAAGAGCAACAUUCAGACAAUUCAUUCGAGCUACGCAAAGCGCAGCAGGAGCUGAAGCAAGCCAACGCUCAAAUCGAGGAAAUGAAGCGGCGGAGUUCAGACCUCACCACACUUCAGAAUCUCGCGCAAAGCUCGGAAAAGAAAGCGCAAGAUCUCGAAAAGGAGAAUCACUCUCUCAAACAAACCUUGGCACGCGUCAAGCAAGAAAUGUCGCGAUACGAAGGCCGGCGCAAGGAGAAGGAAACGAAACUCAAGCAGAGAGAAGCCAAAUUGGAAGCCCGAAUCCAAGAGUACCGAGACCGUUUGAAGACAACCUCUCAGGAGCACCGUGCAUCAGAGGAGGCGCUGCGUGCGAAUUUCGAGGAGGAACGCCGUCGAAUGCAAAACCAGAUUGACCUCUUGAGGCUACGUUCUGCUGGUACAGAGCAUGGCCCGACCCUACGUCCCCAGCAACGCCACUCCUUGAGCCCGCGCAAAGAGUAUUCGGGGGUCCAUGUAUACGACUUUGCAGGCAAAGACCACCCAGAGUUCGAAGAAGAAGCCACCGAUGACAUUGAAGCACCACCAAGCCCAAGCCCUCGCUCCAAGGGACGACAGGCCCGCAAUGCGACAACAGGCGUGCCAGAUCUAAGAAGAGUUCGAGAUGUCGCCGCUGAUGAUGACGAGGUCACGCAUUAUUUAAACCAGAUCCUCCCCAGACCCCGUCACGUUGUGCAUACAGAGCAGGACGCAAUUCCACCCUCGUCACCACCGGAGAUCGCGCCUGUCAAACCACUUAGUCGCAACCACACGAAGUACCAGUCCAUUCGAGAUGGCCAACGCUCAUAUCGCUCUCUGUACUUGCGUGAUCCCGACAACAAGGAUGCAGGAAUUGCGCAGCGUCCGCGACCCCACAUCAAGUCCACCUUAGAUUCAAUCUCAGGCCUACCUGCUACGCGGCCUAAUUAUGCCGGAUACACAAUUUCCGCAGGUGAGCGCGGCCCCCGACGUGGACUGGCCGACAUGAGAAGCGACAUGCUCUCACCGGAGAGAGUGGCCGCAGCAAAAUCGAGGCUUAAGCAGAAGCACGAAAGUCGAAAAUCAAAGGCUCUACUUGGAAAGGAGAAUUUGUAA